AAGUCAAGUUUCAACAGCAAGCAAAACACAAUUUGCUUUCGAUUUCUUUUAUUCUUUCAGGUAUAUGAAUCCAAACUAUUAAAAUGUGUGGAGGUUUCACUUGCUCGAAGAAUGCUCUCAUUGCCCUCAACGUAUUGUAUAUUAUGGUCGCAUUUGUGCUCAUAGGGGUUGCAGUAUAUGGAAGGGCUGCAUCUAUUGUCACGAAUUUGCCCAUAGUGGGUGGUAUUUUAGCCUGUGGCAUUCUCCUAAUACUAAUAUCUGUGUUAGGACUAUUAGGGGCUGUCAAACACCACCAAGUUUUGCUGUUUUUCUACAUGGUGAUUUUGUUCUUGUUGUUCCUCAUUCAAUUUUCUGUUGCUUGUGCCUGUUUGGGGGUUAACAAUGAACAGCAAACCCAGCUGGCAGAACAGGGUUGGAAAAAGGUAGACAACAAGACUAGGUCUAGUGUACAGGAAGUUUUCACUUGCUGUGGUUUUGAUGAUAUUGUUGACAGGGAUGCUAAUUAUCAGUAUCAUCAUCCAUCUUGUGAGGCAGUACAGCCACACUGUUGUAUGGACCCAACAGUACUUGAUUGUACAUGUCCACAUUGUUUGGAAAAACUACAAAGUACAAUAAACUAUGCCUUCAAAUUGUGUGGAUGGAUAGGACUAUUCUUCAGCUUUUCUGAGCUAAUAGGGCUCAUCUUAUCCAGGCAUUACCGGAAUUUGUCUGAUCCUGAAGAAAGGAGAGCAACUGCUGUUUUCCCUCGCCAAAAUUUCACAUAUUGAUCUAGUCGAAAUGUUCAAAUAUUUAUUUGAUGUUUUGCCAUACCAAAGAUUUAUUUCCUCUUACGUCAUCAUGAUGAAUCGAACAAACCUUCUAGUCUAUAUUCGUUGUUGUCCUAAUAAAUGUAUGUAUAGGGUGGUAGUUUAAAAUUCCACCAAGGGUUACCUUCAUUUGUUUUCAAUAUAACUUGAAAAACUGGAAAGUUAGUCCCAAAAGUGUGGAAUUAUGCAUUAAACAAUCAUCCUUUCACAGUGUCAAUUUUGAAAAAAGAAUAAAUGAGGACACAGAAAUAUUUUCUAAACAAAUUCAACAAGGCGCAAUUUUUCUCUACACCAAAUUCACACUCCAACACGGAUCACCCUGUAUUUUUCUUGGGUAUAAUAUGUGAAAAAUGCGCCUUCAGAUAUUCGAAACGAAAGUGAUCAAGAAUUUUUCUAGAAAUAUUUUUGGUUUUGGAGAUGAGUAAUAAGUUAAGUAUUGAAUUUAUUCCAUUUUCAAAAUUCACACUGUAAGUGUAAAUAUAAGUGAAUGCGAAAAAAAAAAACAUACACAAUAUUUAUUAUAAAUGGAAAGUUAAACGCCGGCAAACAUUUGGAAAACGAACAUGUGGAUUAUGGCCGAAUUUGAAAAAUUAUGAAAAUGUUCGGGGUUUUCAACCAUGUUUGUUUUUUCAUCAUUCAAAAAUCAGCAUAUUGCCACAACAUUAUUUUUCUCUCCACAAAUUAGGAGUUGUUUUACAGGAGUCAAGUUAUUUUUUUGGUAAUGAUGUAUGGAAAUAUUCCUGACUCAAAAUUUGUUUGCGGGCAUUUCUUUUUGGAUUAAAAAAAACACAAACAUUCCAUGUUGACCAUCCAACGUUUGCUGAUGAAUAUUCAAAUCACUCUUCUAAAGACUGUAACUGUAGAAAUAAAUAUUAUUUCUUUAUCUGAAUAUUGUAGAAAUUGAUGUAAAUGUGUGUUUAUUUAUAAAAAAAGGCUUGAUAAUAUUCCAUUUUAGUGGUAGAUUGGUUGUGUCUUCACAAUAAUAAUAAACAUUAUUGCUUU